AGCAAAAUCCGCCAUCAACUCCUGAAGGUGAUCUCAUAUUGUUCGAUGUAAACCCACCAACACUUCAGCCAAGAGAGGCAAGUAUGCCGGCAGUCGACCCUUUAACUGAUGAUAUUCCAAAUACAGAAGCAGGAUCAAAUAGCGAACCAAGUGAUUCAGAAUAUGAUACUGCUAAAGAAGAACCAAAUAUUCAUUUCGAAAAAAUCAAGGAUCCAUAUAUUAAUAGAAUAGCAGAAGCCAGAAAAUUUAAUAAAGAUAAGGUAUGUGAUUAUUAUGCAUUUGUACCAAAAGGAUACUAUGCCGAGGGUGAGCCAUUAGCUUUCUUCAAAACAAUUGAAGAAAAAAUUGCAGAUAUUUAUAAAAAAGAGUUAGCUUUAAAAGGUGAAUUAAAAUAUAAAACAAUAGAAAUUAUUAGAAAAGAUCGAAUUAAUGCAACAAUAGAAAAGGGAUAUAAUGAAAUUAUAGAUCAAAUAGAAGAUGAGGCAUUACAAGAAUCUGGAUGGUUAUUUGUCCAAGCAAAAGAGGUAUUUCUUGAAAUAAGUGCAUUCAGACCAUUGCAAGGUAGUAGUUAUUUACCUUCACUAGAAGCCUUAGAUAAGCCACAACUAGGAAUAAUUAAUCCACAAAAUAAAGACAAUAAUGAGUCAAAUUUUGAAGGUAUAAAAUUUCCAGCAACACUCCAUGAUAUAGAUAAAUCUGAAAAAAGCAAUCCUAAUUAUGCUAUUAAUAUAGUUAAACCAUUUUAUAGAGAAGCUUUCAGAAAAAUAAAAGUAGAUAUAGAUCCAUUACAUAUUUCAGAAC